AGAAGGUAAGUUCCUCAGACAAGCGGUCAGUUCGAAUAGGACUCCCAAGCGAUUAACACAAGAGUGUCUUCGGCUGUGUCCUGUCUCAGAAAUAACCGACGAUGCGAUCCCUGGCGCUCACCCUCGUCGCCCUCGUGGCCUGCACGCACGCCGCUCUUCUCGACCACGACCACGACCACCACCACCACGACUUCGAGCUCGCGACGGGAGAGGAGAGCAAGAUCGCCAAUGCAAGGAUCAACGAACUCUUCGAAGGACUCGCCAGGUCGGACGUCAGCAGGACGCCCGCGGACAUGCCUACGAUGACUGAAAUCCCAACUGAUAUCACAUUCUCGUGCGCAGGGAAGCUACCCGGUUACUAUGCUGAUGUUCAGUAUGACUGCCAGCUCUACCACGUCUGCGAAGCCCAUGAUAUGACUUCGUACCUGUGUCCCAACGGCACGAUCUUCAACCAGGAGAUCUUCGCUUGCGAUUGGUGGUUCAGCGUGGACUGUUCCGCGGCGCCGAACUUCUACCACUUGAACGAAGAGAUUUACAAGGACCCCGAGGUGGAGGAGACUGCCGAGGGCCAAGAGCAGCAGAGGGCCAAGAGUGCCACAGCAGGAUGGCGAAGCGAGCAGACCUUCAGUUUCGGUAAGGCUCGUGUCGAGGACCCCUUCGCUGCCAUCUUCCAGCAGGCAUCACCAACCCUCCUCCUUCCCCAGGGCCUUUCCGUGCCCGACAAGACGCCCGCGAGUAGCGCCAAGGUGGAGUCCGUGGCCGCCCCUAAGCGGGCGUCCUUCUUCAUCCCGGUUCCCGCGCCAGCUCAGAACCGGGAGAGAACCGCGAGUCAGAUCAGCGACUACCUGCCACCUACACAGGACUACCUUCCCCCCUCCGAUGACUACUUGCCGCCUACCCAGGAUUACCUUCCCCCCUCCGAUGACUACUUGCCGCCUACCCAGGAUUACCUUCCGCCAUCCGGAGACUACCUUCCUCCCUCAUUCCGCUUCAAGCAAAAUGUUUAAAAUGUUUUAAAAAUUAUAUCGAUAUGGCCACUCCUUUGACUUUCGUAAAUCGUGAAUUUGUGUAGGAUCGAACUUUUGUAUAAAUUUCCACGAUAAACUUCAAUGUAUUUAUAAACACAAGUAAAUACGACGUGUACAUAUUCUAAACCAAUUCAUCAGAAAGUAAAAUCCUGUCUGUAUAAAAUCACUUCUACGUAGUGUCGAAUAAAUUAUUUACGUACGCCGAGGAGUGUCUAGAAAAUGUAAACAUGAAAUACACCCAUAACUCAUCAGAAAAA